GAUUUUCUCAAUUUGCACUGCAUAAAUGUGACCUUGUUAAAAGCAGAUGCCCGUUGUUGGGAUGUAGGCUUGGAUGGCCACCUUAAAGGAGGUGUACUUGUGUUUUUAUGUGUGUGUCUAUGAGUAACUCAGAAUGAAGCUUAUAAUUGAUGAGAAGCAUUGUAACAUUCCCAUGGUUUGGCAUGGAUAUUGGUGGGACGCUUGUUAAACUGGUCUACUUUGAGCCAAAAGACAUUACAGCUGAAGAGGAACAGGAGGAGGUGGAAAACCUGAAAAGCAUUAGGAAGUACUUGACUUCCAAUACAGCCUAUGGUAAAACGGGCAUUCGAGAUGUCCACCUUGAACUGAAAAACCUGACUAUGUGUGGCCGUAAAGGGAACCUUCACUUUAUCCGUUUUCCCAGCUGUGCUAUGCACAGGUUCAUACAGAUGGGUAGUGAAAAAAACUUCUCAAGCCUGCACACCACGCUUUGUGCCACAGGAGGAGGUGCUUACAAAUUCGAGGAAGACUUUCGAAUGAUUGCUGACCUCCAGCUUCAUAAGCUAGAUGAAUUGGACUGCUUGAUCCAGGGUCUGCUCUAUGUAGAUUCUGUCGGUUUUAAUGGGCAGCCGGAGUGCUACUAUUUUGAAAAUGCCACGGAUCCUGAACAAUGUCAGAAAAUGCCUUACUGCCUUGAUAAUCCUUUUCCUAUGCUGCUAGUUAACAUUGGCUCUGGAGUCAGCAUCUUAGCUGUGUAUUCCAAGGACAACUAUAAAAGAGUUACGGGGACCAGUCUUGGUGGUGGUACAUUCCUGGGCCUAUGUUGUUUGCUGACUGGCUGUGACACCUUUGAAGAAGCUCUAGAAAUGGCAGCUAAAGGAGACAGCACCCAUGUGGAUAAGCUGGUGAAGGAUAUUUAUGGAGGUGACUAUGAACGUUUUGGUCUUCAGGGAUCAGCUGUAGCAUCAAGCUUUGGCAACAUGAUGAGUAAAGAAAAGAGAGAUUCCAUCAGUAAAGAGGACCUAGCAAGAGCAACACUAGUUACUAUCACCAAUAACAUAGGCUCCAUUGCUCGGAUGUGUGCUCUAAAUGAGAAUAUUGAAAGGGUGGUGUUUGUUGGAAACUUUCUGAGAAUCAACAUGGUUGCCAUGAAAGUGCUAGCGUAUGCUAUGGACUAUUGGUCAAAGGGACAGCUCAAAGCUCUUUUCUUGGAACAUGAGGGUUACUUUGGUGCUGUUGGGGCCCUUCUAGAACUGCUGAAGAUGACGGAUGAUCAAUGAUGAAGUCACUAGGAGCUGAAAACCUGUUGGAGCUGCUGUAAAAAUGACAGCUGCUAAGAGGAUGGGAAAGAAGCCAUGAUGGAUGUUCCACCUGCUGGAUUUGUAAAUAAUAAUUUGAACUCAUUUUAGCAAAUCUUUUAACUUUAGGAUUGGACGUUAACUUCAGAAUUUGUACCAAGAAUCUAAACAAAGGCAUUUUUAUCUGUAUACAACAUUUUUUAAGACAAAAAAAAUGUGCAAUGUGGCCAAACAUGGCAGUUUUUAUGGGCUGUGUCUAUGAAAGUACAUACUGUGUGGGAAAAGGACCUAAGAACAUGAGACACUGGUUUUAUUAUUAUUAUUGCUAUUAUUAUUAUUGUUAUUAUUAUUUUUCUUCUGGGGUUUACUGAUCUAGUGUGAUGAUUCUUCAAUUAGUAAUUGCUCUAGGAGAUUUUUUUUUCAAUCCUUCAUGACGUUUCAUGAUUGCUGUUGGUUUCAAAUGAAACUGCAAAACUGGCAUUUAGUGUGAACACUAAAGUAAUGAAUCUUGUUGCCUUUGUUUGUCAUUGGACUGUUUCCUCAUCUUCCCCACCCUGUCUACCUUUGUUUCAUUGCCCACAUCGGCAAUAAUGGGAAAUGCUGUCAGAUAUAUCAUCAAAUCUACUGAAAAUAGGGAGAACACCUCACACUGUCCUGUUAUACCAAGCAUCUUUUGGAAACUUAUGCAGAGUUAACCAUGCUUUGAAUUUCUGGAAACCCUACUUUUCAGUGCUCUUGUCGGAACAUCUUUGAUCUCUAUCAGACUAUCGUGGAUGCAGCUAAUUUUGUCCGAAUUUGAAAACUAAGCCAAGUUGUGCCUGGUUAGUAGUUGUAUGGUCAACCACCAGGGAAUACUAGGGUUUUACCACGAGCUAAGAAAAAAUCCUGUCUGACCUCUUGGAGAGCUGCUGCGGCCACCUGUCAAAACUGACAAUACUCGGCCAGAGGGUCUAAAGAUCUCACUCGGUAUGAGGCACCUUCCUAUGAUUAUUGGGCAGAGGGGGGAAAGGCCGAAUUUUCAGAUUCUUACACAACUGAAUGUUUCUCCAUAUCAGGAAAAAGAAUGAUAGUCAUUCCCUGCACAUGCCACUUUUUUCCUCUUCCUACAGUCAAGUGUUCAAUCCUGGGAUUCCCCAUCCGCUAUCUACAAGGCUACAAUCCCAAGACAGGUUUAUCACCUCGCCUGUUUUCUCUUGAAGCUUAAAGGCCGUAAAGGAAAUUGUCAUUAUGAGAAAUACUUCAAGUGAAAGUAAUCGAAGAUACAUAUUAUGUCAUAUGCUUGUCAUCUUCAAAAAAAAGGUCAAACCUAUGUCUUUUGGUAUAUCCAGAGUGAAUGUGUGCUAAUUCUUAACAAUAAUGAUCACUGAACAGAAUCCCAAGGAAGAAUUAGCAAUGUGAAAAAGGCAUAUCUAAAAAGUAGAAUUAAACUAAAUACAUGCCACAGUCAAGCUGAGUUAGAUAUGGCAGACCUUGUAUAGAAUAAUAUUAUUUACUAAAUUAUUUUCUACACUGUUGUACUGGCGUUGUGAGGACAAUUCUACUGUCACUUGCCAUACAUUGUCCGCUGGAGGGCAGUGGCCAAGAUCAAACAGUAUCCUUCCAUUUCCAGUACCCCUGGAACUGGGACUUCCUUCCCUUGUUCCUCCUUCUGUUGCCCUCUGCGGUGCCUUUCUUUGGAUCAGGAAUUUAGUGUGCACAGAGGGCUGCAGGAGAGAAGGCUUCUGAUUCUGCCAGUUGAAAUAGAAUUCAGCAGACAUACACCCUUGGAUUCUGUCCAGUGUAAUUUUUAGAGAGGAAAAUUUCUCUUAACAAAUUUGAUUUCUUUGUUUGGAAUACCCUAUGUCAUUUCUUUAUGCCGAUGCCUCUGCUAAAUUAAUACUAACUGGCAAAAAUAAAAAUCCAUUACUAUUGUGAUGGUUUCUGACAAU